UCUCUUGUUUCAGCCUCAAAGGCGCGCGUCAAAGAGAAUUCUCCACUCGAGCUGGGAUCCAGUCGAUCGCCCGACACGACAUGCGCGUCGGUGUCUCAUACCACCACAACGUGAAUUCUUUUCGUUGUUCGACAAAACCUUUAAUCUCGAUGCUGCGCAUUCUCGACGGAUAAUUUUUAUCUACCGUCUCUUCUCAUCCUCGUCGCUCUUCUUGUCGACUGACAACGCCACGUAUGUACUGUACGUACUGUACAUGGUUACAUACACGUACACACAUGCCAAUUGCCUUUCCCUUUGCCACCCCCGCGCUCUUCACCUCCCCCCUCCUACGAGACCUCGUCGAUUGUCAGAAAAUGAUGACACAUCGCAUUCUCGCAGUUCUCUCGUUAUGUCACGCGGCCAGCGCUCCUCCGUCCCACCCCAAAUUCCGCGGGGGACCCCGCAUAUAAUUCCCGCACGGCCGCAUCCCGCAGCUACACCCGACGGGUGCAACGGCACGACGCAUAUUCGAUCGCGGCCGGCUGUGCGAACACCCACAAGGCCUGAAGCUGUGCGACGCGAGAGCGAGAUAGAGAAGGAGGGGAAAGAGAAAGAGUGAGCGAGAGAGGGGAGUGGGAGAAAGGAGGAGAGGAGAGGACCCUUCGAUCGCGCCCACAUUCCGUGCGGGAGCAUCUUUCCCUGUCGCAGCAGGAUGCACCGACCCGCCGUUCUAUUGUCACGCAAGUGAACACUUUAACGAACGUACAGAGAUAAGCUCUUGCCGGAAUCAUGAGUUACCCAAUGUCAACGAAUCAAUCUAGACCGAUGUCUCAAGGAAAUUAUCAGGGUCCGGGCGACUUGCCCAUGGGCUCUGCCAAAGAACAGACACUUAUGUGGCAGCAGAAUUCCUACAUGAAUGACUCAGGUAUCCAUUCCGGCGCUGUCACUCAAGCACCAUCUCUAUCUGGCAAGGAAGAUGAAGAGAUGGAAGGGGAUCAGCUGAUGUUCGAUCUGGAUCAAGGAUUUGCACAAGGUUUCACACAAGAUCAAGUUGAUGAAAUGAAUCAGCAACUGAGUCACACUCGAUCACAGCGUGUGCGUGCUGCUAUGUUUCCUGAAACAUUGGAGGAAGGUGUAGAGAUACCUUCCACGCAAUUUGAUCCCGCACAGCCCACCGCUGUACAGAGAUUGGCUGAGCCGAGUCAAAUGCUGAAACAUGCCGUUGUCAAUUUGAUAAAUUAUCAGGACGAUGCUGAUCUUGCUACGCGCGCUAUUCCAGAAUUGAUCAAAUUAUUGAACGAUGAGGAUCAGGUGGUUGUUUCUCAAGCGGCCAUGAUGGUACAUCAAUUGUCUAAGAAGGAAGCCUCUCGUCAUGCUAUUAUGAAUAGCAUGCAGAUGGUAGCAGCCUUAGUGCGAGCUAUCUCUAAUAGCGAGGAUUUAGAAUCGACGAAGGCUGCAGUCGGCACCUUGCACAAUUUAUCGCAUCAUCGACAAGGCUUGCUAGCUAUUUUCAAGAGUGGUGGAAUCCCUGCACUUGUAAAACUACUGAGUUCCCCAGUAGAGUCCGUUCUCUUUUACGCAAUAACGACGCUACACAAUUUAUUGCUUCACCAAGACGGCUCUAAGAUGGCCGUGCGCCUUGCCGGUGGUUUGCAAAAAAUGGUCGCUCUACUUCAACGGAAUAACGUUAAAUUUUUAGCCAUUGUUACCGAUUGUCUGCAAAUUCUUGCAUAUGGAAAUCAGGAGAGCAAGCUAAUUAUUCUUGCCUCGCAAGGCCCGAUAGAGCUUGUGCGCAUCAUGCGCUCUUACGAGUAUGAGAAAUUGUUGUGGACCACUUCGAGAGUAUUGAAAGUAUUGUCUGUUUGUCCUAGUAAUAAACCCGCGAUUGUGGAGGCUGGUGGUAUGCAGGCACUCGCCAUGCAUCUUGCAAAUCCAAGUCAAAGAUUAGUGCAGAAUUGUUUGUGGACAUUGCGUAAUCUAUCAGACGCUGGCACAAAGGUUGACGGACUCGAUAACUUGUUGCAGAGUCUCGUGCUUGUGCUCGGAUCAGCAGACGUGAACGUGGUUACGUGCGCUGCUGGCAUUUUGUCAAACUUGACCUGUAAUAAUCAGCGUAACAAAGUUGCAGUAUGUAAUUUUGGCGGUGUCGACGCUCUGGUUCGUACGAUCAUCAAUGCCGGUGAUCGGGAGGAAAUAACUGAACCAGCGGUGUGCGCCUUACGUCACUUGACCUCGCGUCACGGCGAAGCGGAAAUGGCACAAAAUUCCGUUCGAAUUAAUUAUGGUAUUCAAGUUAUAGUCAAAUUACUUCACCCGCCGUCGCGUUGGCCAUUGGUGAAAGCGGUUAUUGGAUUAAUCCGCAACUUGGCUCUUUGUCCUUCUAAUCACAUCCCGUUACGCGACCACGGCGCAAUACAUCAUCUUGUGAGACUCUUGAUGCGUGCAUUCCAGGAUACUCAACGACAACGAUCAUCUGUUGCUAGUACCGGAAGUCAACAAACAUCGGGUGCAUAUGCAGAUGGAGUACGAAUGGAAGAAAUAGUAGAAGGUUCAGUAGGUGCUCUUCAUAUUCUUGCAAGAGAAUCCAAUAAUAGGAUGAUAAUUCGAUCGCAGAACGUAAUUCCGAUUUUCGUACAACUAUUAUUCAAUGAGAUUGAAAAUAUUCAACGUGUGGCAGCCGGUGUACUUUGCGAACUGGCAGCUGACAAAGAAGGCGCCGAAAUAAUAGAACAGGAGGGUGCAACCGCCCCGCUGACAGAGCUGCUACACUCCAGAAAUGAGGGUGUGGCUACUUACGCAGCGGCAGUGCUAUUCCGCAUGAGCGAAGAUAAGCCCCAAGAGUACAAAAAACGACUUUCCAUGGAACUGACGAAUUCCUUAUUCCGUGAAGAUACAAAUCUGUGGAACAAUGCCGACUUCAGCAUGGCUCCGGAUCUUCAGCUACCUAAUCUUCAGGACAUGCUUGGCCCUGAACAAGGCUAUGAUGGUAUGUAUGGCCAAGGACCUCCUAGCGUACACAGCAGCCAUGGCGGCCGGGGUUAUCAACCGCAAGGUUAUGACCAGAUACCAGUAGAUUCGAUGCAAGGGUUAGAGAUAGGUGGUGGAUCGACAUAUGGCGCAAUGGACACUAUGGACGUGGCGCAUGAUGGUGACUUGAGUUUCGAUCACUUGGAAGAGCUUCCUGCACCGCCGCAAGAUAACAACCAGGUCGCAGCCUGGUACGACACCGAUCUCUGAAUCCGUGCCAUUUUCGAUCUCAUGAGACAGCAAGGGAAUUCAAAAAGCAGGAACAUUAUUUUAAAGUAUUAAAGCGAACUUUCAUAGUAGAGUCUCGAUUAUCCGAGCACUACGAUUGAAUGUCCGCAUUCUAGACUCAAGAAUCAGAACCAAUUGUCCCGAUCUUUCCUAAUAGUUUCUCAUUUUUAUUUUCAUGACGCAUGUGUACAAUGAAAAUGUGUCCCUAUUGUCCCUCUUUUUUUAUUUUACUUUUUUAAAUCAUUUUCUUGCCGACUUAUUAUCGGCAACCAAACCGAGCGUCGAUUGUUGUUGAGUGAAUGACGUGCCAAGUGAUCACGCAAUGCUUGGUAUCCCGAUUCAUGAUACAGAUGACUGUCUUUGAAUAGUGUACUUUAAGAUUUACGAACGAUAUCCUAUCUUAAUAAUUAAAUGACGCUCGGAAAAUCGGGACUCAUGUUCGACAUAAAAUAAUACCGAUUAAUGGCUAUCGUGUCUCGUCUAUCGGUCCGCGAGAAGUCACUCUCGAAUAUAAAAAAUCGGUUAGUCGCGCUAUAGUUGACAUCUUCCUAUAGUCUACGUUCGUUUUGUCAGACGGAAAAUGAAACAUUCGCGCUAAUCCAUAUCGACCCAAAAAAAUAUAUCGCCUGUAUGUAAUCGCCUAAUAUGAUCAUUCACCCGAACAUAUAAACAUUAUAUCGAUGUAUUAGAAUUAAGGAAGACACAUGUAAUUCGUACACACAUGUAUAUGUAUCGUUUAAUUGUCUAUACAAAUAAACAACAAUUAAGCGACCAA